GUCGCAUGCGUGACUCAGCAAGAUGGGACGAGGCGGCGGAGUGGCGGGCGAAGGUCGCUCGGCGACUCAGGCGCCGCUCCUCACUUCUGCCGAUAUUCUCCGGGAGGCGGUGCCCACUGUCCAGCUGCCAGCGACUGUUUUACUUUACAGGUCGGCAUGAAGGCCGAGAAGUUCACUUUGGUGCGCCACUUUGAUGGCUUCCCAAAGACGACCGACUUCAAGCUGGACUCGGAGGAGCUCCCGCCGCUGAAGGACGGCGAGGUCCUCUGUCAGGCAGAGUUCCUCAGUGUCGACCCCUACAUGCGACCUUACACGAUGAGCAUGACUCCUCCCCUCACGAUGAUCGGAGGUCAGAUCGCCAAGGUGGUGGAGAGCCGCAACGUCAAGUACCCGGCGGGCUCGUAUGUGAUCGGGCAGCUGGGCUGGCGGUCGCUAACCAUCGUCAGCCUGGACAGCAGUCCGUUCCACAAAGACGCUCCCGAAUCGUUCCGCCGCGGCAAGGCCGAAGUUCUGGAGCUUCUGCCCGACCUGGGCGACCUGCCGCGCUCCUACGGCCUGGGUGUGUGCGGCAUGCCGGGAACCACCGCCUACUUCGGCUUCCUGGAGCUGUGCCAGCCCAAGGAGGGCGAGACGGUGGUGGUGACGGGCGCGGCCGGCGCCGUCGGCAGCCUAGUCGGACAGAUCGCCAAGAUCAAGGGAUGUCGCGUCAUCGGCUUCGCCGGAACCGACGACAAGUGCGCGUGGCUUCGUGAGCUCGGCUACGAUGUGGCCAUCAACUACAAAACGUGCCCAGACAUCGACGCUGCCCUGAAGGAGGCUGCACCCAAGGGGAUCGACUGUUACUUCGACAACGUGGGCGGCAUGCUCAGCCACCGCAUUCGGCAGCAGAUGAACCUGUUUGGUCGCAUUUCCGUGUGUGGUUCCAUCUCCAGCUAUAACGACAAGACUGGAGAGGGUGCUCAGGUGCCUGUGCCGGAGAUGACAACAGUCUUCAAGCAGCUCAGGAGCGAGGGUUUCAUUGUCACUCGUUGGUGGCAUCGCAAGAAUGAAGCGAUUUCACAGAUGGCCGCCUGGGUUCGUGAAGGGAAGAUCAAGGUGCAGGAGCACGUCACCGAGGGAUUCCACAAUAUGCCACAGGCUUUCAUGGGAAUGUUGAAGGGAGAUAACACCGGCAAGGCAAUCGUCAAGGUUUGAUCUACCCUUUCACAGUCGCAAGUGAUAAUGCUCUGCGUUGUGAAAUGCACAGGCGCACAGCAUG